UAAUUAUCUAUUGGUGGGUGCGUAUAUAUGUAUAUAUAUCGUUUGCAAGCCACUGAGAGCCCCAUUGUAACCUCUCGGGUCCUUUUCUUCACUUCUCUCCACUUUUUUUCUUCCAAUAGAUCCCAAAAAUGGCUAGGAUUUCUGUGAUUCUCUGUUUUGUUUGUGUUGCCUUCUUAUCGAUUAUAUUAUCCGCAGCUUCCCAUAAGGAUGUGGCUUCAGAUCAUUCUGAACAUUCAAAAAAGAAAGAGAGUGUUGGGUUUUAUGAGAUUAAGAAGGGCGAUUUCUCCAUCAAGUUCACUAACUGGGGUGCCUCCAUUGUGUCUGUCAUUUUACCUGAUAAACAUGGGAAGUUAGAUGAUAUUGUUCUUGGUUAUGAUAAGAUCUCAACAUACAAGAAUGAUACAACAUACUUUGGUGCCACAGUAGGAAGGGUUGCUAAUAGGAUUGGAGGGGCCAAAUUUACCAUUGAUGGAAAAACCUAUAAACUAUCUGCAAAUGAAGGGAAAAACACUCUUCAUGGUGGUGUCAGAGGAUUUAGUGAUGUUAUUUGGAAGGUAAGCAAGCAUGUACCAGAUGGUCAAGCCCCUUACAUCACAUUCAGCUAUCACAGUCAUGAUGGUGAACAAGGUUUUCCUGGUGAUGUGAAGGUGAGGGUAACAUAUAUGAUCCUUGGGGGAAGCAAGUUAAAUGUGAUCAUGAAAGCCAAAGCUGUUGAUAAGGCCACCCCUAUCAAUUUGGCUCAGCACGCCUACUGGAAUCUUGGUGGGCAUAACAGUGGUGAUAUCUUAUCCAACACAAUACAGAUCUUUGGUUCCCACAUUACUCCCGUUGACAAGGAACUCAUCCCAACCGGCAAGAUUGAGGCGGUGAAGGGGACACCAUAUGAUUUAACUGAACCCACUGUUAUUGGAAGCAAGAUCCAUAAGCUCACUGGUGGAGGAUAUGAUAUCAAUUAUGCACUAGAUGGGAAGGAGACUGCAGGGUCUCUGAAGAAGGCUGCCAUUGUUCAUGAUAGCAAAUCAGGAAGAGUUAUGGAGCUGUGGACUAAUCAGCCUGGGCUGCAGUUUUACACUUCAAAUAUGGUCAAGAAUGUGAAAGGGAAAGAUGGAGCAGUGUAUAACCAGUAUGCAGCAAUGUGUUUGGAGACUCAAGGGUUUCCUGAUUCUGUGAAUCACCCCAAUUUCCCUUCACAGAUUGUGUAUCCUGGGAAGUCAUACAAGCAUUUCAUGAUUUUCAAGUUCUCAACAAAAUAGGAUAUAUAAUAGAUGAUGAAUAAGAUAGUACUUCUGAGAAACAAUGUGGAACCCUUUUGUGUGUGUAUGAGAGGGUAGCUAAUAAGAGGAUAUGUAAAGCCAUUGGUGGUAGUUAUUUCAUUUCAAUGAAAUUUGUUUAUUUUUUAAAAA